AUGGCACCGACGGACGACCGUGCGCCACGGGGUACCAAGCGCACUCGGCACGCAACAAGCUCCUUCGAAGAGCGCCUCGCGCAGCUCGAGAAACGAUCUCGCGCCAUGGACGUCCGGCUGCAACGCGUCGAGCACAUGUGGCUUGACGGCGCCGAGGUGCCGCUUUUCGACCGGCUGCCGUUGCAGCUGCGCUUUGUCCUGACGGACCACAUGACCUUGGACGUGCCCACGAGCAUGCUGCGAAAGUUUCCCAACUGCGACCUCUACGAAGCGAUCCUCUCCGAGCCCUUCUCGAUCGCACCCGAUGGAGCCGCCGUCGUGCAUUUGAGCAACAACACGCCACACCGCAUUUACGUCCGCGCGAUCAACGUCCUCUUGUACCACGUGCUCAAUUUGCGCAGCGUCAAUUCUCGCGAGGCCCGCUGGGUCUGCGACAAGCUUGCCACGUGGGACGUGCCGGCCGCGUACAUGCGGACCAAGGGCUCGGCGACUUGGUCGCAACGGCUCUCGAGCCGCCGCUUCAACGUGAGCGCCGACAAGCGCACGUUGAUUUCGACGCCGCCGCAAGACGAUGCGUUCGAGUACGCGGUCGUCGUGAGACCUACGGACCAUGUGGCCAUGCGGCUCGUCAAGGUCGAAGGCAGCAUCGCGCUCGGCUUCACGCGGUGUCCGACACAGCAGCAAUCGAGCUACGACGGCUGGUUUGUGCACAUUGCACGCGGUCCGCACAGCGUAAGCUUUGGGCCCACCGGAUGCUACCUGACGUGUCUCCACGGCGACAUGCUCACGCUCGUUUUGGACCGAAGGGAAAAGACGAUACGCGUCUAUCGCAACCAGCAGGACCUCGGUGUCGCCUACGUCCUGAACAGUACCGAGAAGCUCAAAGUGGCGCCGGUCCUAGCCUACCGCGGGUGUCCAAGCGACAUGGUGCACUUCCCAUGUCACGUUAGUUUGUACUCGUAGUCGUCCACAGUGUUGAACACGUCAUUUCAAAUUCAACCG